AUGCGAGCUCGUGCGUUCAAUCAACACAAUAUCCAGCUGUCAACCAAGUUCAAGUUCUACAAUGCAUUUCUCCCCACCAGCCGUCUUCAUGGAUUUGAGACCUGCACCCUUACUUACCUUACUCUUUUUCUCCUUUCUCUUUCCUCUUUCCCCUUUCUCCAUCCUCUUCUUCCUCUCUCUUUCUCGCACUUCUCUCUCUAUACAUAUUUUCUUCUUUCUGUCUCCAUUUCUCUCCCUCUUACUACUUCUCUAUAUGCUAAUCUAUCUUUAUGUUCCUCUAUUUUCUUCUUCUUUCUCUCUCUCUCUCUCUCUUUUCCUCUGUCCCUCUUUCGUUUUCUUCUCUCUUCCACUCUCUUAAUCCUACUUUUCUAUCUUCCUCUGUAUAUCCAUCAUUCUUUCUUUCCUCUUUCUAUCACUUCGUCUCUGUCUUUAUUCUCCCCCCUCUCUAUGUUUUUUUUAUCUUUGAUCUCUCUCUCUCUGUUUCUAUUUAUCUCUCUUCUUCUCACUCUCUCUCUCUCUCUCUCUAUCUAUCUAUCUUUCCUUCUUUCUUUUUCAGCCUAG